CAUUUCUUUUCCAGGAUUAUUUUCAACUGAAUUAGGAAGAACAUAAAAAUACAGCAUGGCUCAAGCUUCCUGCUUCCAAGAAAUGUUUGCAAACUUUAUCAAGAAACUGAAAGAGUUAGACAAAGUAAAGGAGGUGAGCAGCCACUUUAGCCCCGAGCACAGUCUUGAAGACAUGUUCUCAUACCUCUGGGGCUUAGACGAAGCGCACACUUACCUUAGACCAUCUCUCACGGAUACAAGCAAAUCUGAUGCUGAAUCAGAGAGACUUCGUGCAGAGGGUAAUAGAUUUUACCAGAAGAAAAUUCUUGAUAAGGCAUUAAAACUUUACAAUCUCAGCAUAAUGUCUGCACCACAUCCAACACUCUCUCAGAUGAACAGAAACUCCCAGGCGGAUCCUAACUAUGACAACAGCAAUAACAUAAAAACUUUGCCAAUGCCUGAAGGUUUUGACAAAAGUAAUGAAGAUACUUAUAGAUCUCUGGCACUUGGAUACGCUAAUAGAUCUGCAGUGUUAUUCGAGUUGGAGCAGUAUGAAAAAUGUAUUAAUGAUAUUGAUAUGGCACUUGAGCAUGGCUAUCCAAAGUUGUUACACAGUAAGUUAGCAGAGAGAAAGGCAAAAUGUCUUAUAUCUCAAAGAAAAGAAACAGAAGCAAAGCAGUUGUUACAGUCUUCACUUCAAGCUUUGAAUGUCAUAUCAUUAGACGAGACAAAAACCAAGGCAUCACGGGAUGCGUUACAUCAGUUGCUCCAAAAAUGUGAGGAAGUUGGACCAGCUAAUUCUCCUUCAGAACCAGACUGCACUAAUAUGCCAUCAUACUUGUCAUCAGCCACUAAAGAGAAGCUAUUGUUUACAUAUAAAACUCCGAAACCUCCUGAACUGUUGCAUCCUAAUCCCACCAUACCUUCCAUGGCCAGUGCAGUCAGAUUGGCCUUCUCCCCCAUGCAGGGGCGUUACCUCGUGGCUGAGAGAGACAUUAGCCCUGGCGAGGUGUUAGUGGUUGAAGAGGGUUAUAGUAGGGUGCUCCAUCUAGACUCUUCUCUGCGCACCCAUUGCUCUGGUUGCCUCGCCAGAUGCCUCACUCCACUACCAUGCCCAUCUUGCUCUAAAGUAGUAUUCUGUAGUAGUGCCUGUCGAAUACGUGGUCUGGCUUCAUAUCAUGGUCGGGAAUGCUGCACAAUUUCUGCUCUGGCUGCACUAGACAUGGGCAAAAAUUCUGUACUAGCAUAUAGGCUAGUAAUACAGACUUCAUACAUUUACCUUCAAGAUACAGUGCCUAUCCUCUUAAGUGAAGCAUGGCAAUGUGCCCCUGAAACUCUAGGAUUUAAUGACAGUGGAAUAUAUGACUCUUCCGAUUACAGAACUAUCUAUCAUCUAGUUACCAACAAGAAAAGCCGAUCUGUCAGUGACCUGUUCAAGAGGUGUGCCAUGGCUCUCAUUCUGACUAAACUAUUGCAAGAGAGUCGCACGUUCUUUGUGAAUGCAAUGGGUGAGCCCUUUGUUCCCACCCACAAUGACAUUCUUCUUACUGGCUGCACCCUCUUUGUCCACAUGAUGAACUUGCCUUGUAAUGCACACUCCAUCACUGAGUUACAGGUGGAUGUGAGUAAUUAUCAUAGGAGUUCAUCCCAAGAAAUUGGUUGUGGAGCUUUUGGUGUGCUGAGUCUAACUAACCACUCCUGCAAUCCAGCAGCAGCCCGCUCCAGCUAUGGAAGUGUGGUUGUGUUGAGAGCCAUACGGUUUAUCUCACACGGGGAGGAAGUGACCGAUUGCUACGGUGAGCACUAUGGCAUAAAAAGUGCUGAAAGUAGGAUGGCUACUCUUAUGCAACAAUAUUAUUUUCACUGUUCAUGUGACCCUUGUAAAUAUAACUGGCCCACUUACCUCAGUUUAACAUCAAAACUGAAGCUUAAAUGUCUAAAAUGUUCAAAAGCAAUAAACUGUGACAAGCAGGAGUGUACAAAAUGUAAGCUGAAAUAUAACGAGUCUGCAGGCAAUGAUCUUGGAACAGGUGUAGGUUCAUAUUAUUGCACUGAUAUUGACAAGCAGAUCAAACAAGCAGUAAUUAACUACGAUGAUGCUUACAAAAGCAUUAUUGAAGGCACAAAUUCAACUGAGAACUUUAACAUUGUUUGUGAGAUUAUUAAACUUAUAGACAAGUAUGUCGAACAACCAAAUAAAGUCUAUUUUGAGGCUCAAGAAACUUUGAAACACUGCCUUGACAGGCAAGGCUCUUGUGUCUUCAAGAAAGAAUGAUACUGUAGCUAGUAUACCAAUUGUGAAUAUACAAAAUGUUUGUAAUAAAUAUUUAUGAAACUUAUAAUUGUACAUACUGUACUGUAUAAGUUAAUUGUUAAUAAAUUGUUUAAUACACAG